AGGCCAUGCAUCCCACUUGCGAUCGCAUCGCAACACAACCAACCUACCAGAAACGCUCCCACGCUGCAUUACACAGCUAUUACCACGCACGACCAAACAGGCCUCGAGCUUCUCGUCAGCAACAGCAGAUAUGGCGCAAACCCAAGGAAACACAAUGCAACUCGCGGAAAUACUAUCUGAUCUCGUCUCCCUGCGCGUUUGUGAUCCCGCCGCAGCACUAGCCCUCGUUUCCGCGCAUUCGAAUACCUCCACGUCCACGUCACCUCCAUCUUCUCAUGAUCACGCCGCAAAUACUACAACAGACCCAGGGUCGACAACAACGAUGGACGAUGAACAAGACCCAGAGCUGAAGCGCGCAAAAGACCUGCUGAAAUUUCACUAUGAGGUCAAGGAGGCGCAUAAGAGGGGCGAGUUGGGCAGGGGUCUGGAGGAAGCGAGGAGUUUGGUUAGAAAGGCUGUUGGGGGGUGAAGGAGGUUGGGGUUGAGUAUGGAACUGCAAUAUCAUGAGUGGGAGCAUGGAGUUAUGCUGGGAGGUACCAAAAGCGAGGAUGAAGCUGGACCUGGUGACGAAGGUCAGAAGGGAGCCAUGUCUGGGGUCAUGGUCGAAGACACAGAGCUAGCACUGGGGAAUGCCGAAGCCGAAUGGAUGGAGAUAUCAAGACAAAGGGGGGAUUACGUUCGUUGCACACACGUCAGGUCACCUCAGUAGCAACCGCUUGCGCGAAGUUGCUGUAUGCAAGAAAGAAUCUAGACAGGUGACACUAGGUGUAUCACCUGUACUGCGGCCUACAACAAUGA